CGCAUACUUCCCGUCACCACAUCGACAAUGACGAUAUACUCGCUGUACAUCUUUGACCGCCACUGCGACUGCGUCUACUACCACGACUGGCACCGCACGCGCCCGGUGCGCGCGACGCCAAACGACCGGCCGGCAGUGCACAGGCUGUCGGCGCCCCAGGGCGCGCAGCACGCGCGCGAGAGCAUCUUCUCGGCGAGGAGCGCAACCACGCCCAUCCCGCCGAUCGCGCCGUCCCAGGCCGUUGGCGCGGGGAGUAACGCCGGCCUGCCGUUCGACGAGGAGGCCAAGCUUGUCUAUGGCGUCGUUUUGAGUUUGCGGAAUAUGGUCAAGAAGUUGUCUGGCAAAGACGAAGCCUUUACCUCCUACAAGACCCCACAGUACCGCCUCCACCUGUACGAAACCCUCACCGGCUACAAGUUUGUCCUCCUCUCCGACCCGUUCGCCGACUCGCUCCGCUUUGUCCUGCGGCAGCUCUACACUGGCCCCUUUAUCGAGUUUGUCGUCCGCAACCCCCUCAUCGAGAUGGACAGCCGGACACAGGGCAUCGACAAUGACCAGUUCCGCGGCGCAGUCGAUCGCCACGUCCGCGGCCUCUCUAUAUUCGCCUAG